AUCAGCAUGGGACUCUGAGGUGGAAGCAGAGCUCCGGCCACAGUUCCUGUUGCCGAGGCCCCAGGCCUGGGGAGGGCGACCAGAGGCCCCACGGGCAGUGUCUCCUCCUGGCCCUGGGCAGCAUGGUACCCGCCACUCGGGCGGUGGAGGAGCAGAAGCCCGCAGAGCCACGGCCGGACCCGGAGCUCAAGUCCAGAAGAUGUCUGGUGGUCUACCUCUGCUUCUAUGGCUUCAUGGCACAGAUGCGGCCUGGGGAGAGCUUCAUCACACCCUACCUCCUGGGUCCUGACAAGAACUUCACACGCAAGCAGGUCACCAACGAGAUCACGCCAGUGCUGUCCUACUCCUACCUGGCCACGCUGGUGCCCAUCUUCCUGCUCACCGACUACCUGUGCUACAAGCCGGUGCUCGUGCUGCAGGGCCUGAGCUACAUCUCCGUAUGGCUGCUGCUCCUGUGGGGCUCCACGGUACUGCACAUGCAGUUCAUGGAGCUCUUCUACAGCAUCACCAUGGCUGCCCGCAUCGCCUACUCCUCCUACAUCUUCGUGCUGGUGCGGCCUGCCCACUACCAGCGCAUGGCCAGCUGCUCGCGUGCGGCUGUGCUGCUGGGCGUCUUCACCAGCGGGGUGCUGGGCCAGCUGCUGGUCUCGGUGGCCGGGCGCUCCUUCACCACGCUCAACUACAUCUCACUGGCCUUCCUCGCCUUCAGCCUGGUCCUGGCCCUCUUCCUCAGGUGCCCGAAGCGCAGCCUCUUCUUCAACAACAGUGCGGGCAGGCCUGGCGCCGCCUCGCCCUCCGAGCUGGACCGGAUGAACCCGCUCCCUGGCCUGCCUGCUGGUGGGAAGCGGGUCGCGGUGCUGCAGGAGGCCAUGUGGGACUCCGUGCUUGUGCGCAUGUUGCGGGAGCUGGUGCACAGCCUGCGGCGGCCGCAGCUGCGCCUCUGGUCCCUGUGGUGGGUCUUCAGCUCGGUGGGCUACUACCUCGUCGUCUACUACGUGCACAUCCUGUGGAAUGUGGUCAACCCCACCAAGGACACCACCGCGGUCUACAAUGGUGGGGCUGACGCCGCCUCCACCCUGCUCAGUGCCAUCACCUCCUUUGCCGCGGGCUUCCUGAACAUCCGCUGGGCCCUGUGGGCCGAGCUGGUCAUCGCGGGUGUGACGGCGGUGCAGGCCGCACUGGUCUUCCUCAUGUACAGCACGAACAACAUCUGGCUGUGCUACAUCACCUUCGUGCUUUUCCGUGGCUCCUACCAGUUCCUGGUGCCCAUUGCCACUUUCCAGAUUGCAUCUUCUCUUUCUAAAGAGCUCUGUGCCCUGGUCUUCGGAGUCAACACAUUCCUGGCCACCGCUCUCAAGACCAUCACCACCCUCAUUGUUUCCGACAAGCGGGGCCUAGGCCUCCCUGUCCGCUCUCAGAUCUUGGUUUUGGUGUCAAAUAUAAGAACUCUUUGCCUAGGCCAGGUUCUGGGAGAUUUUCCUCAUUAAAAAAAAAAGUUUUACAUUGUCUGUGAUCCAUUUUGAAUUAAUUUAUAUUGAAGGUAUGAGGUUCACAUCCAGGUUCAUUCUUUUGUCUAUGGAUGUACAGUUGCUCCAGCAUCAUUUGUUGAAAAGACUUACCUUUCCUCCAUGGAACUGCUUUUUCACCUCGGUCAAAAUUCGGGUGGGCAUAUUCGUGAUAUCCUUCCUGGGCUCUCUGUGUUCCAGUGAGCUGUAUGCUUGCCCUUCCACUGUCACCAGUGUCCUGGUUACAUAGCUACUUGGUAUAUUUUGAAAUUGGGUAGACUGAUCCUUCCAGCUUUUAAGUUUUUUUCAAAAUCAUUUCAGCUAUAAUAGUUUCUUUGCCUUUCCCUGUAAAUUUUAGAGUAAUCUCAUUUGUAUUUACAAAAGUUCUUGAGAUUUUUGUUGGGAGGUAUUGUUUUUUCCUGGGGUUUUGCUAGGAGUUACGUCAAGCCUCUGUGUAUCAGUCCUGUGUGCAUUGAUAUCUUUACCAUGUUGAGUCUUCUAAACUAUGAAUGUGGCAUGUCUCUCCAUUUACUUAGAGCUUCUUUGUAGUUUUUAAAUACAAGUACAAUACAUGUUACAUUGGAUUUCUACGUAAGUGCUUCAGUGUUUUUUUGUUGUUGUUGUUUCUUUUUUGAGCAAUUGUAAAUUAUAUUGUAUUUUUAAUUUUGGCAUCCACAUUCAUCUGCUAGGGCUGCCAUAACAAAAUACCAGCCUGGGGGGCUUAAACAACAGAAAUGUAUUUUCUCACAGUUCUGGAUGCUAGAAGCCUGAGCUCAAGGUGUCGGCAGAGCUCGCUCCUCCUGAGGCCUCUCCCUGCUGGCCGGCAAUCAUCUUCUCCCUGUGCCCUCACAGUCUCCCCUCUGUGCGUGUCAUCUUCCCUCUUAUAAGGACUCCAGUCCUGUUAGAUUGGGACCCCACCCAUACAGACUCAUUUAACCUUGGUCACCUACUUAAAGGCCCCAUCUCCAAAUAGUCACAUUAGGAGGUAGGGCUUCAACAAAUUAAUCUUGGGGUGGGGAGGACACAGUUCAUUCAUAACAAUAUCCAUUGUUUGUUGCUAGUGUAUAGAAAUACAAUUGAUGCUUGUAUGUUUAUCUUGUAUAAUCUUGCUGAGGUUAUUUUUGAGUUCUAGGAGGUUUUCUCUUUUUUUGUAUGCCUUGUAUUUCCUUUUUUUGCCUUACUGCAUUGGCAAGAACUUUAUUAUUUCUUAGCUUUUUUGAGAUUCUUGAGAUGGGGACUUAAGAGUAAUGCUUUGAGACUUUUCUAAUAUUUGCAUUUAGUGCUAUAUAUUUUCAUCUCAGUACUGCUUUAGCUGCAUCUUGUAGUUGAUAUGUUGUAUUUUCAUUUUUGUUCAUUUCAGUGUAUUUUUUAUCUCCUUUCAGAUUUUGUCUUUGGCCUAGGGUGGUUAUUUUAGAAUGUUUUUUACUUUCCAAGCGUUCUCAGAUUUUCCUGUUAUCUUUUUGUUACUGAUUUCUAUUUUGACUCUUUUGUGAUCAGAGAAUACACCUAUAUGGUUUAAAUCC